UUAAAAUGUCAACUUUAAAUAUAAUCAACUGUUCAGAUUGGACAAAACGUCAUUGUUUAUUGCAAUAUUACAAAAAAUCUUUAUAUUGACAAUGUAAAUUGUGUUACUUUGUAACUAAUUAUAAUUCUAUUAGGUCACACGUAUCAUCGCCAGUAUUAAAUCAGUUUCUUUUUUCAUAAUACUCUAAUGGUUUUAUAGCUGUUAAGCUGAGGAAAAAAUGCUUUUAAUUGUUAUUAAAGAUUGAAUAACUUUUUGUUAAUUUUCAUUUAUGUAUUUAUUUCCCUGUUUAUAUAAAGUGCUUCAACUUUUAGCUUUCACUUUGAACGAAUUAGUUUCACACUUUCACCACGGCGCAUGCGUCGAACUGCCUUCAUUUCCGCAAACGAUUUCUGCGACUUCCUGCUUCACUGUAUUCUCUUCUACAACUUCUUUUUCUCCUUCAGAUGAAGGAUUUUGGCCGUGUGUUUGCGGUAGUUUCAGUCUGGGUGUGUUCGAUCUUCUGUCCUCUGUGCGGCCUCCAUGUGAACACACAGACUGUGGUUGAAAAGAAACUCUCGAACAAUAGCAACAACAACACGGACUCUGUUGCAGCUCAGUUUUACUGGUUCAGAGAACAGUUUCAUCGACAGUAUGAUACCAACGAUGAGUUCAACAUGCGGUUUCUGCAUUUUCGGGAGGCUACAAAGCGACAUACAUAUCGGAACUUAUUUUCAACAGCCACGCACUCUGCCAAGUAUGGCGUCAACCAGUUCUCUGACCUCUCUCAGGAUGAAUUCAGAGAUGUAUACCUGCGGGCGAACACGGACACAGUUCCACUUUUCUCUGGACAGAAGACAGAAGGGCUGCCAGCCAAAUUUGACUGGAGGGACAAAGCUGUGGUGGCACCAGUCCAGAAUCAGCAGGCAUGUGGGAGUUGUUGGGCGUUCAGCGUGGUGGGGGCCGUGCAGUCUGCCCACGCCAUUGCAGGCUCACCACUCCAACAGCUGAGUGUGCAGCAGGUUGUGGACUGUUCAUACAAAAAUGAAGGUUGUGGUGGAGGCUCCCCUACCAGGGCUCUGAGUUGGUUAAAACAGACCCACGUGAAGCUGGUGGCCAAUUUCGAGUAUCCCUACAAGGCCAAGACUGGAAUCUGCCAUUUUUUCUCCCAGUCACACAAUGGCGUCUCUGUAAGGAGCUUUACUGCACAGAACUUCAGUGGCCAGGAGGCCGCGAUGAUGGGUCAGCUGCUAGAGUGUGGUCCUCUGGCUGCUAUCGUGGAUGCUGUCAGCUGGCAGGAUUAUCAGGGAGGAAUCAUUCAGCAUCACUGUUCCAGCCAGCACUCCAACCAUGCUGUUCUCAUCGUGGGAUAUGACACCACAGAACAUCUUCAUGUGAGGCAUACCAGAGACGUUCUCUGCUGAAAUAAGGUGAUAUUUUAAAGUAAAGGUCAAGUACAAGCCAAUACAUUGAGUCAUGGGAGAUUUCUAGCCUUGUGCCGUUCAUGUGUUUGCACACGUCUGUUAAAAAAUGGUUUAUUCUCCAUCCUGUGUCUUUGUACAAUGUGCAUUCUACUACAGAUUUUGUGGACCAGUGGUUUUCCAUGUUGUGGAAGGCUGUAAUGCACAACAUGUGUAUGACUAUUAAAACAAGCUGAGAACAUA